GUGCUGUACCUCUUGUCGUCUAUCCUGCUUGAUCUAUCCUCAAUCCUCACAAACCAGUUUACUUGUCUCCUACACGCUCUUCAUAUCUUUAGGUUGUCCAUGCUUGGGUGUACCACAUACUUUUCAUUCCAUCCCAUCGCUUACAUCUGAGCCUUGUUGUUCAUCCAAGGCGCAGUUUAGGCGCCUCUAUCGUUCACCCACCAUGUCAAGCCUUCCAGACUAUUACUCCAUCCUCGAAAUCACGUCCACGGCUACAGACCUAGAGAUCAAGCGAGCGUACAAAAAGGCCGCCCUCAAAUGGCACCCCGACCGCGUCCCAGUUGACUCACCCGAGCGUCCUAAGCGCACCAAACGUUUCCAAGCCAUCAACGAUGCAUACUACACACUUUCUGACGUCACGAGACGGCGAGACUACGACGAAGCACGCCGCUUCCACACCACAUUCACGGAGGAGGAUGUGGACGAGGAAAUCCCGCGCCGCACACAACCUGGUUCCAACACCUGGAGUUCUUUCUUCUCCAAUUUCGGCAGAAGUGGUAACCAAGAAGAGAAGUUCUCGAACGAUCAAUUCGAAAGUGCAUUUGCUGAAAUGAUGGGGGAGGCCUCGAUGGCAGACGGAGCAGAGCAAGAAGCAGGCUCGGCGCAACCCAAACCAGGCUCGUUCUGGGCAGUGUUGGGAGGUCUAAGUGGUGCAACGCUGGGCUUCAUUUUUGCCAAUUUUGCAGGUGCCAUCCCUGGUGCCGCUGCGGGCUGGAAGUUUGGCAGGCUCAGAGAUGAGAAGAAGCAGCCUGUUUAUAAUACCUUCCAGCAGUUGCCUCAGGGUGAUAAGGCGAAGUUAUUGAGCGAGUUGGCGCAAAGGCUCUUUGCAAGUGCUCUUGGCAGUUGAAAUGGCGAGGAAACUUCACGUGCAUGGGCAAUUCGGACUAUUCCAGCAUUGGCGUUUUGUGGGAAUACCUGGGUAUCACUACCAAUGGCGCGCUGGCGCGGCAGAUACUACAUGGGAGAGAUGCAGUCUGGCAGAAAUCAGGAAGCGAACCUGAUGUUGCGUUUCGAGAUCUGCUCCAGCAACCCCAGAGCAUGAGUUCUAGAUGUGACGCAAUGUACUGAGUUUUGACGGGAACAACAAAGAACUCUGGAUAUGGUAUUUCAUGCUUCUUCUCUAUUGUCGUAAUGUAGCAUAUAACACAUUAUUAAUCCAGAAAAGGAUAACCGCCGG